AUGAAAAGAAGUUAUAACAUUGAUAUAACUAAUGAUCGUAUUAAAUGAUUGAAAUUAUAUUUAGCUUUGUAUGAAUAAUUGUAAAAUAAGUAAACAACAAGAAGAAAUUAAAAGUAAGCAGAUAAGAGAAUCAAAACAUAACCUAGUGUAGAUAUGGAAAGAAUUUAUGAUGCUUUAAAUUUUUAAGAGGAUCUUUAAUUACCUUCAACAGCUACUAAUAAUAGUCUAUUGAAAUAUAUAAAAAAGUAAGAGUACGAGUAAGUAUUAUAAUUAAUUAAGAGUUCAAUUAGUUAAAAAUAAAAGAAGAUAAACUUCAGUUUCUAGAGAGAAUUCUGUUUGGCUAGGAGAUUUACAAGAAUCAGCUCCUAAAACUGAAGAAAUCCCUGAAGUUCAAGUAUGAUUUUGGUUUCAACCGAUGAUUAGGGAUUUUUAGAUGGUCGAACAAGAGAAUUAAUGAUAAGAACUAGUCAUGAAAAUAAAAAAAGAAUAUCAAAUAUAAUGUUAAGAUUAGAGGACAAUUAAAAAGAAUUAGUUUCAAGACAUAAAUCUUAUGUAAAUGAAUUAAGAUUUAGUUCAUUUAAUAAAGAAAUUUAAAAUUAAGAAUUAGAGCAUUACAUUACUCUAGGUUAAAUUGAUAAUCCAAAUCUUAAUAUCAAAUUAAUUAAUCAAAAAAUAUUGUAAUCAGGAAGAAAUUCCUCUUAUCAAACUUAGAGGUAACCAUUCAAAUAAUUAAAUCUGCAGCAAGUUAAAGAAAAAAUUAUUUUAGAUAUGUUAAGAAAGGAUGUUAAUUGUCAAUCAGAUCCUUUAAGGAUGCAAUUUUUCAAUUUAUAUCGCAUCAUUAUGCAAAAUAGAACGAUAAAAUCAAGAAAAGAAAAAGAGGUUAUGGAUUUGGUUAACAAAAGUGAUUCUCAAAGAAAGGAGACUAUUUAUGAAAAAAGAUAAUUAUGGAAUUUAAAUAGAAUGAGAUUUACUUUUAAAGAGAAAGAAUCACAUAGAUCAUUAUUAAACAAAAGUUUAGAUGAUAGAAUGAAUAAAAAUUAAAUAUAGAAAAGAAACUUCAAGAAAUUUUUGGAGUAUUUGAAAUCUAGUUAAAUAUUUUUAAAUUAGAACAUGAAAGAAUCAUUAGCAAGAUUAAGAUAAAAGUUAUUGGAUCAUUAAAUUCUAUAGAUUAAUGAUCUAAGAGCUUUUGAACGAAAUCCACUUCAUAAAUUAUUAAUGUAAUACUUAAAAUUGUGA